AUGGAAUCUCGCAACUUGUCCGAGCGCCUAUGGAGCGGCGUACGCCAGAACUAUCUCCUGGGCUUCACUUCGUUUGGCGGCCCUCCGGUACACUUUAAAAUUUUUCACGAGAAAUAUGUAGAGAAACUACAAUGGAUCGAUGAGCAAAUGUAUCAAGAGCUGUUUAGCAUAUGUCAGGCCUUUUCAGGCCCUGGGAGCACCAAAAUGCACUACUGUAUCAACCUGAUCCAUGACGGCCUAGAGAGUGCUGUUCUUAGUUUCUUCCUUUGGAGUCUUCCCGGAGCACUAGGGAUGUACGGUCUAUCCAUUGGCGUACACAACAUUGGUAGUAAUCUACCGAUGCCCGUGUACGCCCUACUAUCUGGCAUGAACGCAGCCACAGUCGGCAUCAUUGCGCUUGCGGCCGUGCAGCUUUCAGAAAAGGCCAUUACCGACAAUCUGACUCGCAUCAUUGUAUUUCUCAGCGCCUCAGCCGGUCUACUAUACAAUGCACUCUGGUACUUUCCUCUGCUCAUGGUCAUUUCGGGCAUUGUUACCAUCAUCCACGACUUCCGGUGGCUACACCACCCCGUCCGUGCCGUCACAACCCUCUUAUCCACCUGGACGGCCUACAUUACGCGCCAACCAUGCCAGACACGAACCAUAGAAGCUGCCACCGAUUCACAGCAGGAACUCCAUCGAGUAACAGACCAAGAGGCGGUCCAGAGUGCUGCGGAGGCCGAAGUCCGCACUAUCCCGCAAGAGCGCCAGUUACCAUUUUCAUGGAAAUUCGGCUUAGGCAUCAUUAUAUGCUUUCUAGUCAGUUUUGUAGUGGUCAUGGUGGUACGGGGCACAGUCCAGAAGGCUUCGUUACUGUUUAGCUUCUUUGCCAACAUGUAUCUGGCAGGUACCAUCAUCUUUGGCGGCGGGCCCGUGGUGAUUCCACUACUGCGCGAGUAUGUCGUUGCGCAGGGCUGGGUAAGUCCGCGAGACUUUCUGAUGGGGCUUGCGAUCCAGCAGGGGUUCCCGGGGCCCAACUUUAAUUUCGCCGUGUAUCUGGGCUCGCUGACGGCGAUCAACGGCGGCUUCCACCCUGCGCUGGGGGCUCUUAUAGGUUUCGUGGCCAUGUUUGGCCCCGGACUGAUUACGGUGCAUGGUACAGUAGGCAUCUGGAGUGCUGUUAGGAGUAAUGUGUACCUAAAGUCUGGACUUCGCGGCCUGAAUGCCGCGGCGGUUGGGCUUGUCUAUACGGCGAUCUACCGGUUGUGGCAGGUCGGCUUUGUAGACCGUGGGAUAGAGAGUGGGAGCACGCUCGGGUCUGAGCCGUGGUUUGUAGUGGUCACGGCGUCUAGCUACGUUGGGGGAUAUUGGUUUGGAGUUGGCCCACCUGUAGCGAUUGUUGGCGGCGCUGUGCUUGGGCUAUUGUGGCAUGCGGUGGUUGCUGCAUAAUCAUGACUACGUCUGAUGAGCUGUAUCAUAUUACUAUACCCUACUAUAAUAGCAAUGCAGAUAUAGCAGAUUCUGCAGUACGCCGACGCAGGAGGACUAUACUAUUUGUCAUACAAAGUAUUCUUCUAAAUUUCAAACUAGUACACCUUUAGGCCCCGUGCCGCCGGACCCAUAGACCGUUUUUUUGCCCUUGCUAGUCUCGUCUAGCUAAUCUCUUUGCAGUCCAUUUUGCUCUGUU